CUGCAACCGGCCCAACAGGCGGGCACAGCGGGCGCGUAAAGAACGCAGUAGAAACAUCCUCUAAGCCAUCGCCACCAAAUUCACCUUUUCCACAGCCCUUUUGGGCCAUGGACCUUUUAUGAGCAUCCCUAGUUUUGCAGACGUGGCGUUCGACAAAUACUUAUUUAGCACCUCCUGUGUGUGGAGCGAUAGAAGGAAGAUUGAGACGCCAUCUCCCCUCCAGAAGUUACAGCUUGCAAGAGUGGCCCCGAAACUGCCAUAUAAGAACCCAACUCACCUUGCUCAGCAACAGGAACCCUGGAGUCGGCUCAGCUCAACUCCCACAAUCACUUCCAUGAGGCGGGAUAUAUAUUUUUUUGAUCCUAAGAUACCAAAGGAUGACCUGGACUUCCGCUUAGCAGCCUUGUACAACCACCACACAGGGACAUUCAAGAACAAAAAUGAGAUACUCUUACAUCAGGAGACCACCCAGGAUACCCAUGGAAUCAAGACCCAAUUCCCUGGAGAACCUUUACCCCCUCCUCUGCCACCUUCCACCACUUCCUGGGCUAACAUCAGACACUGGAUCAGCCCUCAGAAGGAGUCUAUCCACAGCAUCCAGGGAUCCAUAGUGUCCCCUCACACUGCAGCCACCAAUGGAGGCUACUCCAGAAAGAAUGAUGGUGGCUUCUUCUCUACCUAGUGCUCACAGGCCCCUGGAGUAAUUAAUCAUAGUGAAACAUCCUGUCGCCCACCUCCAUUAAAUAGAUUUGUGCCGGAUGAAGCUUGAGGUGUGUUACCCAUGGACUAAAAGUUGACACUUGAGUACUCUCAAAAUAUUGAAGUUUCCCAACUUCUAGAAAUUAGUCCUGUUGGGACAUAUUUGCAAUUUGGAGUCAUCUUGCUGAAAAGUUAAGGAUUUAGAAGUUAUUCCAAACAUAAGAUAUAUCCAUUCAUCAUGUCUUGCAAACUUUUGUAUGUCAGGCACUGAGCUGAGUGUUGGGGAAACAAGACUGGAGAUAGCGUAUAUUCUUAAUGAGCUUACACCACCAUAAUCCUGGUAGUUCUAUGUGGCUUUAAUAGUUAUGAUGAGGUCACACAUAACAUAUUUCAGAUCAAGUGGAUUUUGUCAUCUACUGGGCUCUUCUUUGCCAUGAGGACUCCAUCUCUCUGGUCAUGGCUUCUUGCCAUUGUUCAUUCGCUAACUCUGCUGUCUUCUUGCCUGGGAGGCAAUUCCCUUUUCUUUGUCAAUUUGUGCUAUGAAAUACAGCCAGUUCUUCUAAA